AUGGCCACAGUUGCAACCCUCAGCUUUGUAGACUCGCAGGAGGGUGUGAGAUCCAGUGUUUUUCUGUAUCUAUCGGACUUCCGUGACGUGGCGUCCAAACACAUCACACUCCUUAGACGUUUUGACAGGGUUUACCUUGAGUCGGUGGAAAAUAUCGUAACAAACAAGGAUUGCACGGAUGCCAUGGACGAUCUCCAGGAAGUCAUUGCCUUCGUCGGUAGAUUUGACGAAUGGAUCAAAGACAAGACAAUGAUCAUGGAUGCCAGGGCGGCGCUUGCGUUCUGCACUGGGCUGCUUAAUGUUGUUGGAAUAAUCGUUGCCGGGUCAGUCCUUGCUGCCUUCCAAGCACAGCGUAAUCAGAGGGCGGCAGAGCUUCUAGGUAAACAGAAUGAUCUCGCAGACGUCAAUCGAAAACAAGAGAAGUUUGCUCAUAUCAAAACCGAUUUCGAAGAUAUUUCGUUAGUUUGUGACAAGCUGGUGUUGUUCGCCAAAAUUUGGUCUUCGGUUCGUAGUCAAGCUGUACAGUUCCAAGAGCAUCCCAAGGGUGGAAUGAAUGUCGUUAGGGACAGAGUUCAUAUUGGAAGUUGGACUUGUCAGAAAAGUAUGUAAGCCCCUCAUGAAGGGUUUGGAGAUAUACGCCACGCAACUCGAAAAGCGUGGCUAAGGAAGGGAAUAUGUAAUCCGUUAGAGACGUGACAGUCUGUAACCUCUCCUGAUUUUCGGUGACCUGCGAUUUUGGCCAGCUCGCAACAGAAAUAUCUAUCGUCGUAGCAUCACUUGUAUGAUACACGGUUGUUCUGCCUGGGAAUAACUUGGUUUUUCUCGCGCUCAAUGCGACAUGUAUCGUGAAUCUGCGCGUCUAUAACUCUACGGUGGAUGUUUGGUUACGGUUGAAACUUAAAACGCAUGCCGAUGAGCGGCCUACCUUUUUCUACCUCUGAUAGCUUAUUUUACCAGGUCUACAGGUGUACUUUGUAAAUAAUAAUUUUUGUG